GUUGUGGGAAGCAUAGAAGGACAUGGUAAUAACGGGGCGCCUGUGCUGCAUCCACAGGAUGAAGAGACCCCACAAGCGCGAGGUCGAAUCGGUUCUGGAGAUGCGAGUCGUGUGCCUUCUGCGCUACGGGAUGACUUCUUGCAAGAUUUUCUCUCCGAUGACGACUUAUUGGUAGAAGAGGCCGACGAACUUCAAGUAGAUUCCAGAACAACUCUCUCGCCCUCAAAAAGCCGAAAGAAGCGCGCGGUGUCUGCCACGAUGGAAACCAUUGCAGAAGAGCAGACUGGUCGAGUGGCUUUGACUCUAGGGACAGGGGAACAGGAGGAUGGAGAUGGACUCGUCUCCACCGGUAAAAGACCGAAUUGUGCAGCACAAGGCAGCUUUCAGCGAUCAUCGUCCAGUAGAAGUAAAACCAACAACAUCGAGGAGGUUAUUUUCACUGGUCGGUUGUCGCAAUUUUGGCCGUUUCUCUGCGCGAGGGCGCGUCUGCAGCAGGCGGUUGAUGAAAUCCAAGCUUUCCUAAAUGACAGCAAGAAAAGCAUGGUUGAGGAUAAAGAUAUUGGAGGUACAGCGAGC